AUGACUGGAGCAGGGUCAAGAGAUUCCCUCAGCACAUCGAGGGAUGAAUGCGGCCGUGAGCCUUUUUGCCUUGCCGCCGCCACGUCCACUUCUCGUUUUGCUCCGGUCGAAAUAGCCGCAGCAUUUCCUUUUUACCACAAGAGUCGAGACCGUCAGACGUCUAACAUCAUGGCGUUCUUCACGUCCGAGGACCUCAAGAUCUCCUUCAACUUCUUCUGUACCGUGUACGGUAUCGGCACACUUGGCUUGCCAUCCAACUUUGCCCGUUCGGGUCUCACACUCGCCAUCAUCGCGCUGCUGUUCAUGGGUUUCGCCAACAUUUGCUCGUGCGUCGCCAUCUCGCGUGUGAUGUUGGCUGCCCCAAAGACGGUCAAGACGUACGGUGACGUUGGCGAGUGGUGCUGCGGCUCUAUUGGCCGAUACCUCGUGCUCUUCGUCCAGUUCGGCGUGUGCUGCUUGGUGCCGACCGCGUUCCUGGUGCUCGGCGGUAUCCUGCUCGACGGUAUCUCCCCGGACGCCUUCGACCAGCAGUACUGGAGCAUCAUCAUGGCUGCGAUGCUGCUUCCCGUAAUUCUGACUCCGACGCUCAAGGAAGGUGCUGCCGCCGCGUUCGCCGGCUGUGUCGGCACGCUUCUUGCUGACGCUAUCGCUCUUGGUGUGCUGGUGAACGGCAUCGGCUCGGACCACCCGGCCGUCAUCUCCCCCGACUUCGACUUCGGUCAGGUGGCCAGUUCCUUCGGUAACUUGGCACUGGCCUACUCCGCCGCGGUGCUGGUGCCGGCUCUGCAGCGUGAGCACUCGCAGCCCGAGCGUAUGCCACGCGUGGUUGCCACCACCAUGGCGUUCACGGCUUGUCUGUUCCUCAUCAUCGGUGUGACUGCGUACUCCUACGUGGGGUGCCAAAUCCCCGGUAACCUUCUGUUCGCUAUUGGCGGUACGGCCCUCGACCUGAACGCCAACCGCGGUGCUGUUGUGCUUGCUUACAUGUUCAUGCAACUGCACAUCACCAUCGCUAUGUCCGUGAUCCUGAACCCCGUGCUCUACAUCGCUGAGCGCGGCAUUCUGGGCAUGCACAAGCGUCCUGUUCUUUCCCAUGUGGACGAGGAAUCUCCGGCGUUCGAAGUUAUCAACACGCCGUCACAUCCGAAGGACCACGGCGGCCCAUCUGUCACGUCGUUGGCGGACGCCGAGUACGAUCUGUCCCCCGACGCACUGGUUGAAGAGUACCACAACAGUGGCCCCCUCGUGACGGCCAAGUACAUGGCACUCCGUAUUGCCAUCGUUGUGAUCCUCCUCAUUAUCGCUAUUAUCUUCAAGGACCACUUUGUCGACUUCACGGACUUUGUCGGUGCCUGGGCUGUGUCUAUGGCUUGCAUCAUCCUGCCGAUCUUCUUCUACCUUAAGGUGUUCUGGAACCACACGCCUUGGUACGAGAAGGCCAUCGGCGCCUUUAUUAUCGUCGUCUGCGCUGGCCUUGGUGGCUAUGUAACGUACACGACGGGCAAGAACCUCUUCCUCGACAUUGUGAGUGAUAAGACCUUCCAGUACUGCCCCGCAGGCCACGACAUGGUCGUAUACACGAACGAAACCUUCUACGGCAACAACUAG